AAUUGCGUUCAUAUGGCUUCACACCUCACACGUGAACAUAUGGGUCAAAGUUGAAAAAUAAAGAUUCAUCGAAGCGUGCACAUCAUGGCCGAUCCAACCCGAUUCAGUCCAGACAAAGAACUGUCAGAAAUUCUUACAAAGCUAUGGGAGAUUGACACCAACAAAUGCUACCCAGGAGUGGAAUAUGAAAUAAAUCUACAAGGAUUCAUCAGAAAUAUAAGGGAUACAAACACUGACAGUGCCUCCAAAAAUUUGUUUACAUGGGUGGAUGAAGAGAAGCUAUUUAAGAGAGAGACUUACAGGACUUUCAGAAACCUGCUAGAUAACUAUGAAAUGGAUGUGACAAAGGAAGAAUCUGUCACGUGGGAGGAACGUAAGGAAAACAGUGAUUUCCUGGAUGCCAUUAUGAAGACAAAAGUAAUGCAGGAAGCUCAUAAGUUUCUUGUGUCAAAAGGAGCUGCUCCCGUAGAUGAUGUCAAAUUCAAAAAAUUGCUCCAUGACACCUGGUUCCAACUUUACAGACGUAAAGGUGCCAGGGGAGACAAUUCAUGCAGUUUUGAGCAUGUAUUUGUAGGGGAGGGACGAGGAAAUGAAAUCAUUGGUCUGCACAACUGGAUUCAGUUCUAUUUGCAAGAGAAGGCGGGCAACAUCAACUACCAUGGAUUUUUCCGCCGAGAAACGGUGCGAGAUGAUGAGGUGGUGCGUCUGAUUGCCAUGCAGUUUGACUGGCGUGGAGUAGCUAGCAAACCCAUGUGCAGCGCUUUUGUUGGUUCGAGCCCGGAGUUUGAGGUUGCGGCAUACACCAUUUGCUUGCUGAUAGAUAAGGAUGGCCAUUCCAACUGCCAGAUUGGUGAAUAUGAGAUAGAACUGACUGUCCAAAGUUUUGGACAAGGACGACAACGCAAGCUAGGCACUGCCUAUAUGUCAGCUGCUAAACUCAAGUAAUUUCAUGAUGGUCAUCAUUCUACAUAAACAGGCUUUGUACUGUUGCAACAAAAGAAAGAGGUCAGGAAUAAGAAAAAAGACAUUUCUUCUUGUUCCUAAUCACCCACAGUGGAGCAUAGGGCCGAAAACGACAUUUAAAUCACAGUAAAAUAUACUGUCUAUUGAAUAGCCAAUAUUAUAAAUUGUUGGGCAUUCAUCCAUCUGGCUGUGGGCUAUAGUCACAUUUUUAACAUUAGAGUGUUUCCAUAGGUGUGGAGACUGGAUAUAAUUUCUGCAAUGCAUGGAGAAAGCAUCAUGAGUAGGAUUUGUUGUUUUGAGGAUAAGUAAUUAUUGUUCUUGUUUUGUGGGCUUUUAUUAUUUCUGAUACUAAUGCACAAAUCAGGCCCUAUCUGUAAAAUGCAUUAAUGAUACUUUUAUUUGGUUAGUUUUCCACAUGCUGCGUGCCUUUUAAUUCCACACCAUAACGAGUCAAUGUUCAUGUUUAAUUCUACAGAUCAGGUGCCAUAUAUAUAUUUACAUGUGGCUGUAGAGAUGUAGACUUGAAAGAUAGGCAAAGACAGCUAAAAUCAUCACAAAAAUGCUAGUAUUACCUGUUGCAUUAGCCAUCCCCUAGAACCUAGUGGGGUUACCUGGUUACCCAACACCAUUAACAAGUGCCUGUUAAGGUGGUGAUAUUUUGUGUGUGUUUGAUGAAGACAAAGUGAAUCUCAUUUUUAAUUCUUUGAUCUCUCUUUGCAAAUCAUUAGAUCAAGUGUUGGUAUUUUUUGUAAUUGUGUAGAAACUAAAUCUCCACAUUUAUUAACUAAUAUAAUUUCUGCAUGAUGUCAUUUUGUGUAAGCUGAGUUUAGAUAAGAAGUGUGAGCAUAAUGAAAUGCACAUGCAGAAAAUGUUCAUAUCUUGCUGAAUUCUGGUUGUGAUUCCUGCUCGUUCGUAUUGCUUAAUGGGGAGAGAAAAUCCAUGGAAAUUUUUUACAUUUUCACUGGCUAAACUUUUUCUUUAAAAAUCUGUACCUUGAUGAUAUGGUACCUUAUCAUGUUAUGUGGUUUGGGGGCAUUUUAUUUUGCGUUUAUGCAUUUUGUUAAUCAGAUUUAUUUCAGCUGCACAGUUUCUAUACAUUUUUGUUUAGAAAAAUGAUCUUUUUGCACAAUUUUUCUAAAGUAAUAUAUGCCUAUAUUUACACACAUCUAUAUUUUGUGCAAUAUUAAAUGUCUUAUUUUGUUAGAAUCUAUAUUUUUUUAAUUAGAGGAUCUGACUUGUGAUCUUUUGCUAAUUCUGCUGUCAGCAGAAUAAACAAUAAAGCCAGAAAAAAGAAAAUAACAAGGAACUGUACUUAUAGUUUUACAACAUAAAGAAAGAUCAGGCUGACAUUCAUCUUUUCAA